AUGGCCGGAGGUUUCUCGUCCGCGGGCGGUGGCCGUGAAUUCGAGGCGAAGAUCACGCCUAUCGUCAUCAUCUCAUGCAUAAUGGCGGCCACCGGCGGCCUCAUGUUCGGCUACGACGUCGGCGUUUCAGGUGGUGUUACAUCAAUGCCCCCAUUCUUGAAAAAGUUCUUCCCAACUGUUUAUAGAAACACACUCAACCCAGCCAACGACAGCAAUUACUGCAAAUAUGAUAACCAGGGCCUGCAGUUGUUCACAUCUUCUCUCUACCUGGCUGGUUUAACCGCGACGUUCGCCGCUUCCUACACCACCAGAAACUAUGGGAGGAGACCCUCUAUGCUCAUUGCCGGGUGCUUCUUCAUAGUUGGCACAAUUCUUAAUGCUGCAGCUCAAGAUCUUGCUAUGCUCAUUAUUGGGAGGAUCUCACUUGGUUGUGGAGUUGGUUUUGCUAAUCAGGCUGUGCCACUGUUCCUUUCGGAGAUUGCACCUACAAGAAUACGUGGGGGGCUUAACAUCCUCUUCCAGCUCAAUGUCACCAUUGGAAUUCUGUUUGCAAACCUUGUUAACUAUGGCACCAAUAAAAUCACAGGAGGAUGGGGAUGGAGACUAUCAUUGGGUUUGGCUGGUAUUCCUGCCGGUCUCCUUACCUUGGGUGCCCUCUUGGUGGUGGAAACACCUAACAGUCUUGUGGAGCGUGGUCGCUUAGAAGAAGGAAAAGCUGUACUUAGAAGGAUUCGUGGUACUGACAAUGUUGAACCUGAGUUCUUGGAACUUGUUGAGGCUAGUCGUGUGGCUAAAGAAGUGAAGCAUCCUUUCAGAAAUCUCCUACAUCGUAGGAAUCGGCCACAACUAGUCAUUGCAGUAGCCUUGCAGAUCUUUCAACAAUGUACUGGAAUCAAUGCCAUUAUGUUUUACGCGCCAGUCUUGUUUGACACAUUAGGAUUUGGCAAUGAUGCUGCUCUCUACUCAGCUGUUAUAACAGGAGCUGUCAAUGUUCUCUCCACUAUGGUAUCUAUCUACUCAGUUGACAAAGUUGGCCGUCGCAUGCUCUUACUCGAAGCUGGUGUUCAGAUGUUCCUGUCUCAAGUGGUUAUAGCCAUAAUACUAGGAAUUAAGGUCAAGGAUCACAAUGAUGACCUUCAGAAAGGCUUUGCAGUCUUGGUGGUGAUCAUGGUCUGCACCUUCGUAUCUGCCUUUGCCUGGUCUUGGGGACCUUUAGGUUGGUUGAUACCAAGUGAGACAUUCCCACUGGAGACCAGAUCAGCAGGGCAAAGUGUGACCGUCUGCACCAACUUGCUCUUCACUUUUGUGAUAGCACAGGCCUUCCUCUCUAUGCUUUGCCACUUCAAGUUUGGCAUCUUCCUUUUCUUCUCGGGCUGGGUCCUGAUCAUGUCAAUCUUUGUGCUAUUCCUGGUCCCGGAAACAAAGAACAUCCCCAUUGAAGAGAUGACUGAGAGGGUCUGGAGGCAGCAUUGGUUGUGGAAGAAGUACAUUGAUGCUGACUACCACACUGAAGGAGCCAACAUUGAUGGUACUAACGGCGCAAAGAAGAAUGGACAUUCUAAUGGGUUUGAUCCUGUUACACAGUUGUAGAUUUUGAAGAAGCGUCAGGGUUCUGUCUGCACUCUGCAAUAGUAGUAAAUACAUCGUUUAGAUAUGAACAUCAUAUAUGUAUCUAUCGCUCUUUACCUUUCUUUAGGUCACUGUAAGACCAUGUUGUUGAAAAGCUUUAUGGGUUAGAUUUGGCCCCCUUAUCUGUAUCAGGAGUUUCGAGAAAAUUGUUUCACUUAGAAUCAUUGUUCAUUAAUUGGCAGUAGCUUCUACUACUGUACAAGAUUCAUUGGAGUAUAUUGCAGACUUUUUUUUCGAUGAGGGAUAGGUAACAGACUAUCUUCCCUUUGAAGACUGAAGUGUUUUUGUUAGCUGUAGACUUUGUGCUUCAUUGCUUAUGGAGUACGCAGUUGUGUACCAAUGUAAGUUUUGUGCUUGUUGUGUUUGUAUUUGGUGUAUUACUCACAUAUUCCAACCGUUGUGGUUGUUUCAUUAGUAC